CUUAGUUUUGUAAGGUCGCAGUGUUAUUUGGUAUCCUGUGGGACGUAGUACAGUUGAUCCGUCGUCUGAUCCGUCGUCUGCCUGCGCAAGAUCAUUUGAUAUAUUUCAGUAUUUGGCGCCGCAUUUUCGUCUGUUCGUGGGAUAAGGCUGAACAAUGAUUUAGCUCAUAAAGGAUGAGCCAACAGUGAGAGAGACGGACGGAGGAGAGGUCAAGGGUCAAGACAGGGCCAGGCCAGAUUAGGGGGACCACUUUCACCAUGCGUUGAAAUGCGUAUAGUACUUCUUCAAGAUGGCUUUUGCUGUAUAACCUCAUAGGUCCCAGUGCUGGCGACAGUCACCCAGACGAGCAAUAGUACUUCAAAAAUGGUAGAGCAGAUCAUUGCGAGGUUCAGGUUCUUAUUAAGCAGAGUGGCUCACAUUUGGCGUCUGACCCGAUCAAGAAGACUCCCUUACGUUAUCGUAGCUUUCAUCAUUUACAUCAGCGUCAACACCCUGAUUUCCAGAAACCAGGGUGAUUACGUAAGAAGCGACGAUGAGCAAGAGGCGGCGUCCCCUCACUCGAAAGCGCCCCCGGGCAGGCUUUUUCUACUCAGACAUGAAGAUAUUCAACCGAAGGUGGAAGAGGAGGAGUUCAGUCUAGGGGUGCAGGAGGACGAAAACGCCGCCAAAGAAGUGCUAGAUGGAGACGCCGUUGACAGAGAUGCCAGACAGGCUCACGCAGAAGACAACGCUGCCAACGAAGUGAAUUCCGUGGAGCCAGAAUUGCAUGCCAGGAAGGAAGUGCUCGAAGAAGGAGGUGAGGGCAAAGGUGCAGAAGAGAGUUCCCUGAAAGUGCCUCACAAUCAAAAUGUCAGGCAAAAACCUUCCUCUCCCAUAUACGACUGGCGCAAUUUGACGCAGUUGCAGAUCGACAGCUUGUCUGUUUUAGGUCGCAGACUUUAUUUACAAGAAGACAUUGGCACGCCGCAGAACAGAAACUUCACCAUUCUAACUUGGCUGACUGGUCCAAGUAUCGAGAGACGUUUGAUCAGGGAGUAUGGAGACGAGAAGUUGGACCCGUUCCGGUUCUGUUCUGUCAGAAACUGCAACAUCACCUAUGAUUCUUCUCUCGCUAACAAGGCGGAUGCCAUCUUGAUUCAUCUGCACAGGACUCGUGGCCCAUCUUCUUUUCCGAACCGGACGAACUUCAAGCAGAGGUGGAUCUGGUUGACUGAUGAAUGUCCCCAUUUUACUUUCAUGAUUGCAAAGGACAAAAACAUCGCCCAUUAUAAUGGUUAUUUUAACUGGUCCAUGAGUUACAGAAUGGACAGUGAUGUUCCCGUGCCAUACGGAAGGACUAUAAAGUUGACAGACGCUGAGGCGUCUCUGUAUGAAAAAGUGGAUUAUUUCUACACGAAGCCAAAUUUUACUGUAAUAAUGGGUUCCAACUGUGGUGGGACCAAUAGGCGAUGGGAAUACGUGAAAGAAUUACAAAAGUAUAUGAAAGUAGAUGUAUAUGGACGGUGUGGGACAUUAAAAUGCCCUGGACAUUUUACCCGUGACUGUGAUGCUUUGAAGAGCUACAAGUUUUACCUGUCUUUCGAAAAUGCCGAUUGCAGGGAAUAUAUCACUGAAAAGGCCUGGUGGAAUGCCAUAGAGAAGGGAGCAGUGCCCGUUGUUAUGGGAGGGAAAAUUGACAGCUACCGUCAGCUGCUGCCUCCCAAAUCAUUCAUCCAUGUUGAUGAAUUCCAGUCUCCAAAGCAUCUUGCAGAUUAUCUCGUGGCCCUGUCAAAGGACCAUGCGAAAUAUAUGAAGUAUCACGCUUGGCGUUCCCAGUACCGCGUGUUAAACAUGCACGGCUACUUGGGUGCCCCUGUGUUCCAUUACUGUCGUAUAUGUGAAGCCCUCAACUAUAAUGAUCCAGCACCCAAACAGUACAAUAAUAUGGAAGUCUUCUGGAAUGCCAAAACAGAUUGUUACCAGCAAACUUGGAUUGAUCGAAUGAAAAGCGUUGCUGCGUGAGUGUAUGCUACACCUUAAAGUCAUUGGCUCCUUACUUGUAAAUUUGACAUUGAGUGUAUCAUCAAGGGGAAUGGAUGUUUGUGACUUCUGCCUUAUAGUGACCCUGUUCCAUUACUGCAAUAACAACAGCUCAGAUGCCAGAGAUGGCCAUGCUAUUUUUAUAUGUACUACAACAUGUAAUGUUCAACCAGUCCUUUUGUUAUGAAAAGGAAGUCAAAGACAUUUGACUGUACAUAAUUUGACAGUGUCCUGUCAAAUUAUGUACAUUCCAGUAGCCUGUGGUCAAAAAAUGAACGAAACUGACAUAUCUAAUGGAUGGAUGAAAAAUAAGAAAAGACGAUAUAAUGUAGUAUUAUGAAAAUAAUGUGGAUUAUUUACCUUAGUAUGAAAAUAGUGUGGUUUGUUGUACAUGCAGUUUAUCUGGAUUUGAACUUGUGUUCUAGUUUGAUUAAUUAUGUCUGUGUUGUGAAGUUUUGCUGGUUAAUUUUUACAGUGCUGUGAAAUUGCUCUAACAAUAGGAUUACUUUCAUCAGUGUUACAGUAUUACAGUCCUGACUGUAUGUUUGAGAAAAAUUUUGAGUUUCAGAAUUUUCUUAAUUCAAAACCAGUACAGGUACCAGGAAAAUCAGUUUGACAAAACUACUGAUGGAUUGCACAAGAUUUUUUGUACUUUUGUGAAGUAUACCUUGUCCCAUUUGAAAAUAGUAUGAGUAGAUAGAGCCUAGUAUGUACCUUAGGCACUGUAAGCAGAGAAGCUGAAAACUUAUCCCUGAGAGGAGAGAUUAACGUACUUUGAAAAGUACUUGCUAUGUAAUUUCAUCACCAUACCUACCAAAAAGUGCCAUCAAUGGACCAGUUUUUCAACAGUACCCAGUAUUAAUACUUGGGCAGGAUACUACUACAGAAGUGCCCAGUAUGGAAUGCAGUCAAUGUUAAAACAGUAUUAUUAGUUUACCAAAAUAUGUUAAAUAACUGCAUACUAUACCAAAGUAGAGUAGUUUGUAAUAACAAUGAUUAUGUGCAUUCAGUGUACAACAGAGAAGGUGAGAUUUUGAAUAUGAAAAAUGUUGAUGAAAAGAUCAGAACUUUGUCUAUCUGUGAUGUGACCCACCUUAUGUUCAAGCUGCAAUAUCCAUUUACUUUAUGUGAAAUACAUACGAAUGAAGACAGAUAACUUGAGGUAAAAAUAAUGGAAAACGAUGCAUAGGGAAAGCCCUGCAUUCAACAUAUUGUAUAUCAUAGAAUAUUGACAUAUAUUGUAUUUAUUUUGUAUGAAAUGUCUUGUAAAUAAAAACAAAAUAAUGGA